AUGCAAACUAUGUCUGUCCAAGUUGGUUCAGCAGCUCAACCACAAAAUGCUAAGCCAGAUGAAAUUGCUCGUAGGACAGCAAAUUUUCACCCAAGCAUUUGGGGAGAUCAGUUCAUCAAUUAUGAUGAUUCACAAUACAUGAUAACUCACGCUCAUAAGCAAGGACAGGUUGACGAACUGAAAGAAGUUGUGAGGAGGGAAGUAUUCACAACUAGUGCAGGUGAUCUUUCACAUCAGCUCAAACUAAUCGAUGCAAUCCAGCGCCUUGGCGUGGCAUACCAUUUCGAAAGAGAAAUAGAAGAAGCACUGGAACGCAUGCAUAAUACACUUCAUGACCAUGACAGUGAUGAUGAUGGUGAUCUAUACAAUGUUGCUCUUUGUUUUCGACUACUCAGACAACAUGGACAUAAUGUUUCAUGUGAUAUAUUCAACAAGUUCAGAGAUGAAAAUGGUAGCUUCAAGGAAAGCUUAAUUGCUGACGUGUCUGGCAUGCUAAGCUUUUAUGAAGCAACACAUCUGAGGGUGCAUGGAGAAGAUAUACUAGAAGAGGCUCUCACUUUCACCACCACUCACCUUGAGUCCGCAACAACCCGAGUAAGCAAUCCAUUGGCUGCACAAAUAACUCAGGCCUUAGAGAGACCUCUGAGAAAAAGUCUAGAGAGAUUAGGUGCCAGGCGUUACAUAUCGAUCUACCAAGACGAAGCUUCACAUAAUGAGUGCUUGUUGAAACUUGCCAAGUUAGAUUUCAAUCUUGUUCAGCCUUUACACAAAAAGGAGCUACAAGAGAUUACUAGGUGGUGGAGAGCACUAGACUUUGAAAGGAAGCUGCCAUUUGCAAGAGAUAGGAUGGUGGAGUUGUACUUCUGGAUAGUGGGAGUGUAUUUUGAGCCUCAGUAUUCUGUGGGGAGAAAAAUUAUGACCAAAGUGAGUGUCUUGCUAACGAUAUUGGAUGAUAUCUACGAUGCAUUUGGCACAUUUGAAGAACUAGUGAUCUUUACCGAAGCAAUUGACAGGUGGGAUCUCAAUUGCAGUAAUGAACUCCCUGACUACAUGAAAAUAUUUUACCAAGAACUCUUGAAUCUUUUCAAUGAAAUUGAGGAGGAGAUGGUCAAGGAAGGAAGAUCAUACCGAGUUCCUUACGCGAUACAAGCUAUGAAAGAUCAAGCUCGAUCCUAUUUCAAUGAGGCCCGGUGGCUCCACGAAGGACGAAUUCCAAGCAUGGAGGAGUAUAUGAGUGUUGCAACGGUUUCUAUAAGUUACACCUUCCUUACAACCAUCUCUUUACUUGGCAUGGGAGAUAUUGUAACGAAGGAGUCAUUUGAGUGGUUGCUCAAUGACCCCAAAAUUGUCAGAGCUGCAAACACCAUUUUCAGGCUAAUGGAUGACAUUGUUUCGACCAACUUUGAGAAAGAAAGAGGGCAUACUGCUUCCAGUGUUGAUUGCUACAUGAAGCAAUAUGGGGUCUCAGAGCAAGAGACAGUUGAUGUUUUUAAGAAACAAAUUAUGGAUUUGUGGAAGGACAUAAACGAGGAGUUUCUCCGACCAACUGCUGUGCCGAUGCCUGUGCUUAAGCGGGUUCUUAAUUUAACACGAGUGGCUGAUCUUCUUUACAAGGGGGAAGAUGGCUUCACACGUGUUGGGAAGGUCACGAAAGAUAGUGUUGCUUCAGUCUGUAUUAAUCCUGUGCCGCUGUGA